AACGAAACUAAUCACGCAUUUCGUAGCAAAAUUCAUGUUGGUUUGUCCUUUUGACAUUACGAGGUAAAAGGACACGCGAACGUAGGCAAAGUUUCGCCAACGUUCGCACUUUUAUCAGUUAUGUCUCGAAAAAGAGAUAAUGAAGAGACCGAUAAACUUACACGUAUCGCUAUUGUAAACGCGGACCGGUGUAAGCCGAAGAGAUGCAGGCAGGAAUGCAAGAAGAGCUGCCCGGUGGUGCGCAUGGGCAAGCUGUGCAUUGAAGUCACGCCCAAUGACAAGAUCGCCACCAUCUCUGAGGAGCUGUGCAUUGGAUGUGGUAUUUGUGUCAAGAAAUGUCCAUUUGACGCAAUUUGCAUCAUCAAUAUACCAUCUAACUUGGAGAAGCACACCACCCAUCGCUACUCCAAGAAUUCGUUCAAGCUCCAUCGUCUCCCGAUCCCGCGUCCUGGUGAAGUGCUCGGUCUCGUCGGGCAGAACGGUAUCGGCAAGUCUACAGCACUGAAGAUUCUUGCUGGAAAACAAAAACCCAACUUGGGUCGUUUUGCUGAUCCUCCAGAUUGGCAGGAGAUUUUGUCCCACUUCCGUGGCUCUGAGCUGCAAAAUUACUUUACUAAAAUCUUAGAAGAUGAUUUAAAAGCUUUAAUCAAGCCUCAGUAUGUGGACCAAAUCCCUAAGGCUGUGAAAGGAACUGUUGGGCAACUACUCGACAAGAAAGAUGAGAGGAAAAACCAAAUGGAGAUAUGUAAAAUGCUUGAUCUGUCGCACAUUCGUGAUCGUGAAAUCGCCGCUUUGUCUGGUGGGGAGCUACAACGCUUCGCUUGUGCCAUGGUGUGCAUCCAGAAUGGCGAUAUAUUCAUGUUCGACGAGCCGUCCUCGUAUUUGGACGUCAAGCAGCGUCUGAAUGCUGCCCGCACAAUUAGAUCGCUUAUUCACCCUGACAAGUUCAUUAUAGUGGUAGAGCAUGACUUGUCCGUAUUGGACUACCUGUCUGACUUCAUUUGUUGUCUGUAUGGAGUGCCUGGUGCUUAUGGUGUUGUGACUAUGCCUUUCUCGGUUAGGGAAGGUAUAAAUAUAUUCCUUGAUGGGUUUGUUCCCACUGAAAAUAUGAGAUUCCGAACUGAAUCUCUUGUGUUCAAAGUUGCUGAGUCCGCAACUGAAGAAGAGAUAAAAAGAAUGAACCAUUAUGAAUAUCCCGAGAUGUCUAAAUUGAUGGGUGAUUUUAGCCUAAAAGUGAUGGCUGGAGAAUUCUCUGAUUCUGAAAUUUUAGUGUUACUUGGAGAGAAUGGUACUGGUAAAACUACAUUUAUCAGAAUGUUGGCUGGAAAUCUAGAACCCGAUGAAGGCUCUGGACAGCUGCCACAGUUGCACAUUAGUUAUAAGCCACAGAAGAUAUCGCCCAAGUCUCAGGGGCUGGUGCGCUCAUUAUUGCAUGACAAAAUAAGGGAUGCCUACAUACAUCCACAGUUCAUCACAGACGUGAUGAAGCCAAUGAAGAUUGAAGAGAUCAUGGACCAAGAGGUGCAGAACCUCUCUGGUGGUGAGUUGCAGCGAGUGGCGCUGGUGCUGUGUCUGGGCAAGCCGGCCGACGUGUACCUCAUAGACGAGCCCUCCGCAUACCUCGACUCCGAACAGCGUCUCGUCGCCGCCAAAGUUAUUAAACGAUUCAUCCUGCACGCCAAACGCACCGGUUUCGUGGUGGAGCACGACUUCAUAAUGGCCACCUAUCUGGCGGAUCGCGUCAUCGUGUUCGAGGGUACGCCGUCAGCGCACGCCACUGCGCACGCGCCGCAGUCUCUACUCAACGGCAUGAACAGAUUCCUUGAGCUGCUCGGCAUCACCUUCCGCAGGGACCCCAACAACUUCCGGCCGAGGAUAAACAAACAUUCGUCUGUCAAGGACAUAGAACAAAAACGAGCAGGUCAAUAUUUCUUCUUGGAAGAUUAGGGCAGCAGAAUAUCAAUAUUGUAUUUAUAUAUAUUGUAUCUGUCACAAUGAUGGCCCGCCAUCCGUGUAUUUCCAAUUAAAUGUAUUACUAUAAUAAAUCAUGUUUUAUACAAACACCAAAUACACGCUGUUAUUUCCCUAA